AUACCUUCAGUCCCAAAAUUGGUGGAACCCGCUACCAAUCCAACCGUCUCCUAUCUUAGAAUAUCGAUUCUCGCCGGUUCUAGCGAACACAAAACAAAGCCAACAUGGCCGGUACAAGAAACUAUGACUUCCUCAUCAAACUUCUGUUGAUCGGAGACUCCGGCGUAGGCAAGUCCUGCUGCCUCCUCCGUUUCAGCGAAGACUCAUUCACUCCUUCCUUCAUCACCACCAUCGGUAUCGAUUUCAAGAUCCGUACGAUUGAGCUGGAUGGUAAGAGAGUGAAGCUGCAGAUCUGGGAUACCGCAGGACAGGAACGUUUCCGUACGAUCACCACGGCUUACUACCGUGGUGCUAUGGGCAUUCUCCUUGUCUACGACGUGACCGAUGAGCGGUCUUUCCAAAACAUCCGUACCUGGUUCUCCAACGUCGAGCAACAUGCCAGUGAAGGAGUACACAAGAUUCUCAUUGGAAACAAAUGCGAUUGGGAGGAGAAGAGAGCUGUCUCCACCGAGCAGGGACAACAGCUGGCUGAUGAACUUGGUAUCCCCUUCCUCGAAGUCUCCGCAAAGAACAACAUCAACAUCGAGAAGGCUUUCUAUAGCCUCGCAACGGAUAUCAAGAAGGGCAUGGACACCUCGAAGACCGAACAAUCUGGCUCUCAGGGCGUCAGUAUAGACCAGCAGGGAUCUGGCCUGAAUGGCAGCGGUGGCGGAAAAUGCUGCUAAACCCUGUACCAUCAUCUUUCUUUCUCCAUCUUCCUCUAC